CACUUCCAUCUUCCUUUCCGGAUUCUUAAACAAAGAAGAGAAAGAAAAGGAAAAAAAAAAACUUCCCCAACUAGAAACUCCAUUUUCUUUCCCAGCAAUUUUUCUCGGCCUUUCCUGGAAAAGUAAAGAAAAUUUUCCCGAAUUUAGCUUCCUCUCCGUUGGUUUUUUUUUUUCAUUUUUCAGGUGAAAACCCGUAACCACCCACCUUCCUUCCUCAUCCUUAUCCUGUCACAUGCACUGCAUGGUCGGGUCGGAUUUCGGAGCUUAAAACCAGAGACCUGUUGAAAUCUCAAUCGUGAAACCCUCUCGCUCUCUCUUUCUCUCUCUCUCUCCUGAGGUUCGGUGUGGGGAUAACGGAGCUUGCUGAGCGGGUUACAGGGGGACCGACCCGUUUCAAUAGAGCCUUUACUGCUUCGUUUGAGGGGGUAGCCGGGGCUCCGGCCUCGGCGGGUUCUAAAGCCCCCAGCCAUUACAAACUCACAAAAAUCAAACCCUAACCCCCAAUUUCUCUAAUUUUUUAUUUCAUUUUUUGAUUCAUCUUCGUCGCGGAAGAAGAGAUGCCGGCCCUGGCUUGUUGCGUGGACGCUGCUGUGGCUCCUCCCGGCUACGCCUUCGCCGGGGAUAGCUCUCUUCCCGCGCCGCCAUUUUCCGGCGUACCUCCGGCGACCACCGCCGUCACCACUGACAGUUCCCAUUGGUCUCCCUCCCUGUCAUCCGACCUCUACCGAAUCGACGCCUGGGGUGGGCCCUACUUCACCGUCAAUUCCUCCGGCAACGUCUCCGUCCGUCCGCACGGGUCGGCGACCCUGCCCCACCAGGAGAUCGAUCUGCUGAAGAUCGUGAAGAAGGUUUCGGAUCCGAAACCAGAUUGCGGGCUCGGGUUGCAGCUCCCGCUCAUUGUUCGCCUGCCCGAUGUGCUCAAGAACCGGCUGGAGUCGCUCCAGGGGGCGUUCGAUCUCGCGAUCCAGUCUCACGACUACGGGUCCCACUACCAGGGCGUGUUCCCGGUGAAAUGCAACCAGGAUCGGUUCGUUGUGGAGGACAUUGUCCGGUUCGGCUCGCCGUUCCGGUUCGGAUUGGAAGCUGGGUCAAAGCCGGAGCUUCUCUUGGCCAUGAGCUGCUUGUGCAAAGGUAACCCAGAAGCCCUUCUCAUCUGCAAUGGAUUCAAAGACUUCGAGUACAUCUCUCUGGCUCUGUUCGCUCGCAAGCUCGCCUUAAACACAGUGAUUGUUCUUGAGCAAGAGGAAGAGCUCGAUGUGGUUAUCGAUUUGAGCAAGAAGCUAGGUGUUCGACCCGUGAUUGGGGCCCGAGCCAAGCUCAAAACCAAGCAUUCGGGUCAUUUCGGGUCGACUUCGGGCGAGAAAGGGAAGUUCGGGCUCACUACCACUCAGAUUUUACGGGUUGUUAAGAAACUUGAUCAAUUGGGUCUGCUUGAUUGCUUUCAGUUGUUGCAUUUCCAUAUUGGGUCUCAGAUCCCUUCGACUGCUCUGCUCGCCGAUGGCGUAUCCGAAGCUGCUCAGAUCUACUGUGAAUUGGUCCGCCUCGGUGCCCACAUGAAGUUCAUAGACAUUGGAGGCGGUCUGGGUAUCGAUUACGAUGGAUCCAAAUCCAGUGACUCUGAGAUUUCAGUCAGCUAUAGCCUCGAAGAGUAUGCUGCCGCUGUUGUCCGAGCAGUCCGGAACGUUUGUGACCGGAAGUCGGUGAAGCACCCGGUGAUUUGCAGCGAAAGUGGCCGAGCCCUCGUGUCUCAUCACUCGGUUAUGAUAUUUGAGGCCAUUUCUUCCAGCGCCUGUGAUGAUGUACCUCCCAUGUCUGCGUUUGCGCUUCAGUAUUUCAUCGAGGGGCUCACAGAGGAAGCUCGUGCCGAUUACCGAAACCUCUCGGCUGCGGCAAUCAGAGGUGAGUAUGAGGCUUGCUUGACAUAUGCUGAUCAGUUGAAACAACGCUGUAUUGAUCAGUUCAAAGAAGGGUCUCUGGGCAUUGAGCAAUUAGCCACUGUUGAUGGGCUCUGUGAUAUGGUUUCGAAAGCAAUCGGGGCAUCUGACCCUGUCCGUACGUACCAUGUGAAUCUCUCGGUUUUUACUUCAAUUCCAGACUUCUGGGGCAUUGGGCAGACGUUCCCGAUAGUCCCGAUUCACCGCCUCGAUCAGCGGCCGGCGGUGAGGGGGAUAUUGUCGGACUUGACCUGCGACAGUGAUGGGAAGAUUGACAAGUUCAUCGGUGGCGAGUCGAGCCUGCCGCUGCAUGAAUUGGAAGGCAAUGGUGGGGCUGGUGGCGGUGGGCAGAAGUACUAUCUGGGGAUGUUCUUGGGCGGGGCUUAUCAGGAGGCACUUGGAGGCGUCCACAACCUGUUUGGAGGCCCGAGCGUUGUUCGGGUCUCCCAGAGCGACGGACCCCACAGCUUUGCGGUAACCCUGGCUGUGCCAGGGCCGUCGUGUUCGGAUGUCCUUCGAGUGAUGCAGCAUGAGCCCGAGCUCAUGUUCGAGACACUGAAGCACCGUGCGGAGGAGUACGGGCAGGGCGACGAUGGCGGCAUGAUUAGCGCCGCAGUCGCCACCAGCCUUGCCCGCUCCUUCCACAACAUGCCGUAUCUGGUGGCAGCUUCAUCGUGUUGCUUGACUGCAAUGAACAACCAUGGCUUGUACUAUUGCAGUGAGGAUGAUUAUGUCGUUGUUGCAGAUUCUGCUGGUGGUGGUGGUGGUGAGGAAGAUCAGUGGUCUUACUGCUGUGCUUAACAGAGCUUUACUGCUAUCAAUUCAGUCUCGAACAUUCCUUUUAGUGCUGUUUGUGUGCCUGCUGGGGUCGUCUCUUUUAAUUUUCCCUGUUCAUUUUUGUUUUUGUUUUUGAUUUCUUUGAGUUUAAAUUUCAUGAAGAGCAAUGGAUGUCAUGUAUGUUCCUUUGCAAUUUGUGGAAAAGAGUGGGAUGGGAGCCGAAUCCACCCUUUUGUAAAUUCGGGGCCCUAUUCCCUCCUCUUCCUAUGUUUCUAAGUAGACUUUAAAUAAUCUUACUUUUUUUCUUGUUCAGAUA